AUGAGGUCGCUCACAGAGACACAAGCGAGAUGGCAGGCAACACAGGCGCACUGCGCAAGCCUUGAUGACUUACGGAAUGCCGUCCGCCAUAACGGGCCCUCGAGUCCUUGUUUAUCGGGCUGCCGCUCCGUCUGCUGGAAGGUCUUUCUUUUAUCCAAAGACGGUGAAGAUACCAGGUCAGGUUGGCCUCAGACUCUCCGCGACAAGAGAGAGCUAUACAACGAACGCCGUGACCACUUUCUCAAGUUUAUAAACCACCCUGAGGCUCUUACCGAACUCGCCAUUGACCCUUUGGCCGAUGACCCUAAAUCUCCUUGGAAUACUGUUCGCGAAGAUGAGGUCAUCAGAGCAGAGAUCCUGCAAGACGUGCAAAGGCUUCCGGAUGAAGCAAACUACCAUGAAGACUACAUGCAGCGCAUGAUCCUGGACAUCCUUUUUAUCUACUGCAAGGUGAAUCCCAGCAGGGGAGGCUAUCGACAGGGCAUGCAUGAGGUCCUGGCUCCGAUAUUACACGUUGUCGAGCAAGAUUCCCUAGAUCGCACGUCAGUACCCGCCAGCGAUGCCGAGGAUAGCGUUGACGAGCUGAUGCUCGAGGCCAUUGACCGGUCAUUCAUCGAACAUGACGCCUUUGUCUUGUUCUCUCAGUUGAUGGAGCACGCUCAGUCGUUCUACGAGGUCAAAGAUGUGCCAGACCCUAAUCCGCCCACUGACGGUUCUUCCCAAGCUCGAUUUCCAGAGCAAAGCUCCGCCAUUGUCGAGCGAAGCAGAUUCAUCCAUGAAGUCUGCUUACAAAAGGUUGAUCCCGAACUCGCCGCGCAUCUCACAAGUAUAGAGAUACUUCCUCAGAUCUUCCUAAUCCGCUGGAUUCGGCUUUUGUUCAGCCGAGAGUUCCCAUUCAACCAGUUUCUUGUGCUUUGGGACACAAUUCUGGCCGUUGAUCCUUCGUUAGACCUGAUAGACCUCAUUUGCUGCGCCAUGCUACUGCGAAUUCGUUGGCAAUUGCUAGAGUCCGACUAUUCUGUCUGUUUGCAACUUCUCCUGAAAUAUCCACCCCCGGACCAGUUGCAUGGGCCUCAGACAUUCGUCGACGAUGCGCUCUAUUUACGUGAUCAUAUGAAUGCAGCCGGGGGUGCCGCCUUGAUCAAGAAAUACUCAGGAAAGGUGCCCAAAACGCCAAAAAGCCCCGAGCUUGCUGAACGCAUCGGCUCGCCCUCUUCCGGAUUGGAGUCUCUUCGCAGAAAGGGCUUUGGCUUGAGAUCACCAAUUCGUUCGCCAUCCAAAUUUCUUCAGCAACAGGGUGGAGUGGAAAACAUGAUCCAAGGCGUGCUAGAGAGAGGUGAAAAGCUGGGUAUUAACCAAGCAUUGCGAGAUGCUGUGGGAGAGAUCAAGAGGAACAUGCAGGGUCUAAACGAAGGUCUCUCUACGCCCCCUUCGAGAGCCGCCAUGGCCGAUGAUGGCGCAGCCAAGGCGCUGGCUGUUAUGCAGAGGCGGAACGAGCAACUGGCAAGCCUCCUCGAAGAGACUGUCCUCAGCCUCAGGGCGCUGUCUCUGUCAAAUCUCGAGGACAAAGCUAGGAGUCUUGACGUGAUUGAGGUGGCAGCAGCCAAGGUCCAGUUUGUGCAGAUCUAUCUUCAAGAUUCCACCAUGGACAUUCCGACGAUAAACUCCCCCACGGCUGAAGAGACGCCAGCUGCGGCUGCGAAAAGAGAAGGAAAAGAGGUCAAGGGGGCCCCGGCAGCUGGAAAGGAGAAUCAGCCUCUGUCACCUGUCUCUUUCAGCACAAAUCCGUCCGCCCCAGGUCCAGAAGUCACAAGCAAGGAUCUGAAGCAAGAGGGCGUGUUGAGUGAGGUCAGCCUCAAUGCUCGACCGGCCGCCCCCAUACCUGCCAGAUCGACUAUAGCACAGUCUUCAUUUUCCUGGAUGCUGGAACCUGAUGAAUCGGGCCCCCCACAGACGCCUCCGGCAGGCAAAUCACCUGCCUCUCAACAGAAGAGGCGUGGGAACAAUGCGAGCCGUGAGAAGAACGCGUUCCUGUUCGGAGAGGUGCCGGCAGAGGUGGGCGAGAGAGAUCCUCUUGGAUCUGGCGAUAUCUUUGGGUUGGAGCCUAUUGAGAGCACACAGCGAUCGAAGGAGUAA